GUGUUAGGUUGUCUGUCUGUGGACAGAUUUCAUCCAACGGAACAUUACAGGUGGAGAUCAAAAUAAAGGUCAAGUUGGGGUCGUGGGCCCUCUGUACUAUAAUCCCUCCACCCGCAUUGUGAGGUCCCUGACUCCUGCAUUAUCAUCCUCAGUUUUCUAAUAAGUGAGCCAUGUCUUUUGAUUCUUAAAUAUUCUCAGCAAGGCAGAAACAAAAAGAACAUUUCGGGAUGCUACCUGAUUUUUUUUAACAAGUGUAUGAAUGAAGGAAAGUCCCAGCUCGACUGUCAGAAUAUUAAUUUGUCCAACUUUAUGGCAAUCUAUAAAUAUAUUACUUGAGUUCUUAUUGUGUGAGUUGAGUUUGGAGCAUUUGAAAAUGGCUUCCUAAUUAUUGCAGCUUACGUUGUGCUGUUUAAUUUGACAGGAAACACUGUUGUAUUAUUUUGUCAUUAUCUUUUCCUGGUUUUACCAGGGUUGUGAGGGCUCCUGCGGUGCGCACACUGACAUCUAGCGUCAAUACAGGCCGAUCGCAGUGGGAGGAGCUCCCGUUAAAUCUCCAUCCCGGAUUACGUCACACGAGAGGAGGAUGAACCGGAGAGCCUCCCUGGGCACCUGUCACCGCCGCGAGACGGAACCCUGAACCCGGAUUCAGGUUUACUGAACCUCCUCAUGUCGUUCUGUCGUUUUGUUGGCGGCGAGGUCUACAAAGAUCACUUCAAGCCCGGUAUGUACGUGUGCUCCCAGUGUAACCACCCACUGUUCUCCAGCCGGUCCAAAUUCUCCCACUCGUCUCCCUGGCCGGCUUUCACCGACACCGUCAGAGAGGACAGUGUCACCAAGAUGAUGGAGAGUCUCACUGCCUUCAAGGUUUUGUGUGGCAAGUGUGGCAACGGGCUCGGCCACGAAUUUGUAAACGACGGCCCGGAGGACGGAGUCUCACGCUUUUGAAUAUUCAGUCACUCGCUCAAGUUUGUCCCGAACAAAGCCAAGGACAAGCAGUGAAGAGCGAGGGAUGAGUUUCUACUCCAGCUGCGGUGAUUGCCGCUCAGUCCAGGACCAGGGAACAGGUCGGGUCAGUGGGUGACGUGGAUGGGGAAAAAGGCCCGAGAGGGACGUCCUGUCCACUGAAGGAUCUUUGACCAGCCUGUGACAAAGUGACCGGACCUUACCUCUGCAAAUAUACCUUCACAAAAAAAAUGCACAUUCCUCAAAUACAUCUUAAAUACGAUUUAACUCCAUCAUUAUGAUUUUGUUUCAAUCUAAAUCAUAUCAGUUGAUCUUAUACAGAAAGUAGGAAAAUAUGCUUUUUAAAAAUUAUUAUGUUUAAAUGUACUGCUGGUAUCAUUUACUCACUACGGUUACAUGUAUAACCGUGUUAUCUAUGCACUGGAGAAGCUCACAUAGUCAGUCUGCUCUUUUAAUAUCUGUUUUGUAUAUUUAUUUCAAGAUUUCUUUAGAACUUUAGAACUUUUCUAGAUUUGCAUUUUACUUUGAAAAUCUUAUCUUUGAGUCAAGAGUGUAGUGGACGAAUGAAAAACUGUUGUUGAUGGCUCUAUUAUUACAGAAUAUUGAUGUGGAACAAACAAUAAAUAAUAAUUUAAAGUA